AGUGCUCCGGUUUUCGUAUCGCCUUAUUGAGUGCAGCAGAGCUCAGCCCAGCAACCAUGUCCGCCCUGAAAGUAUUCAUCUUCGUCGCCCUCUUCGCCGUGGCCUAUUGCGCCCCCAGUCCCGGCUUCUUUGGCAAACACGAGCACCACACGAUCCACGUGCCCUACAAGGUGCACACGGUGCACCACCACCACGUCCAGAAGGUCCACGUGCCGGUGGUGAAGCACGUCCCGGUGCCCAUCUACAAGGAGGUGCCCGUGCACCACGUCCACCACGAGGAGAUCCCCGUGCCGGUGCACCACGUCCACCACGAGGAGAUCCCGGUGCACCACGUCUUCGAUGACCACCACGACCACCACGGCUGGAGCUCCCACCACGGACACGGCUGGCUGUAAGCCCGCUGGCCUGCUUCGCUCCAAACCCACCCACUCAGCGAUUCCCAUCCGCAGCAGCCUGUAAAUACUGUACAAUGCUAAGUUAAUGAAUGUAAAUAAACCACAAUUCGA